AUGGAGCUAAUUGAAGAAUCUUCUGACCCAGACAAAGAAAGCGAUAAUGAUAUCAGUAAGGGUUCAGAAAGUGGUAAAGACGAGUACUUCAUAGGGAAAGAUAAAAAAACAAAGUGGUGUAAAAAUCAAGUGGUGAGCAAAUUCAGCAAAACUGCUAGUAAAAAUAUUGUAAAAAUAUUUCCUGGGCCAAGACAGUGUGCAAAAGACGUUACAAAUGAGAGAAGUGCUUUCGAGAAAUUUUUUAGUGACGACAUCAUUGAAAAUAUAGUUGAAUGUACCAAUUUACAAAUAGCAAAGAUGCGUAUAAAGUAUAACCGGCCGAGACGGGUUAAAGACACAACAAAAACAGAAUUUAUGGCAUUUGUCGGAUUAUUACUACUUGCAGGAACUAAGAAACAAAACCAUACACACUUUCUCGAAUUGUGGACUAAAGAUGGAACGGGCUCUGAAAUAUUUCGGGCUUUCAUGAGUUACGAUCGAUUUUUAUUUUUGCUUGCCGCUCUAAGGUUUGACGACAAAAAUACUAGAUCGGAUCGCAAAUUGACUGACAAGCUUGCUGCUAUUCGAGUUACACUGGAUCGCUUUGAGGAGAACUGCACUAACAACUACUGUUUGGGAGAAGAGGUCACAAUAGAUGAGAUGUUAGUGCCUUUCAGAGGUAGAUGCAGCUUUCUUCAAUAUAUCCCUAGCAAGCCUGCUAAGUAUGGGUUAAAAGUAUUUGUAUUGUGUGAAGCCCAGACAUUUUAUGUUACAAAUUUAGAGGUGUAUUGUGGGAAUCAACCAAAAGGACCGUACAACCAGUCAAAUAAACCAGCUGACAUUGUGCAUCGUUUACUUCAAAACUGGAAAGGCAAAAACCGAAAUUUAACAUGUGAUAACUGGUACGCAAGUUACAAAUUGGCCAAUGAUCUGUUAAAAGACAAAGUAACAAUGGUUGGCACAAUAAGAAAAAAUAUACGGGAGCUGCCGUUGGAGUUUCUACCAUCUAAAGAAAGAGAAGUGGGAUCGUCUCUUUUUGGCUUUCAAAAAGAGAUUACUAUAGUGUCGUACGUCCCUAAGAAAAAUAAAGCAGUGUGUUUGAUAUCAACUAUGCAUAAUAACUCUGAAGUAGAUCCGGAUACAAGAAAACCAAAUAUAAUUUUGGAUUAUAAUUGUCACAAAGGAGGUGUUGAUACAAUAGAUAAGAUGUGCGAUACAUACUCAGUGUCAAGAAGAACACAGAGGUGGCCGAUGGUUAUAUUUUUUCAGCUUAUAAACAUCGCAGGAAUUAACAGUCAAAUCUUGUACAAUGCUGCAAACAUCGCCAAUCCUCAAAAAUACAGACGAAUUUUUUUAAAGGAAUUAUCUAUAUCUUUGAUGAGACCAUGCCUGUCAGAAAGGGCUGAAAUACAGAGUUUACCAUUAGAUGUGAAACUGUUCCUGAAGAGAUACAAAGCUGUUGUAGAGGAACAUGAAGGAGAAGAACCACCAGUAAAAAUGCGAGGAAGGUGCUAUUGUUAUGGAAGACGCAAAAAUAGAGUGACAACGAUUUCGUGUGAUACAUGCAGUAGAAUGGUUUGUAAAGAGCAUUGA